UUCCUAGGGGAUAGAAGGCUGAGUUUUGUACGCUUCCCAUCCAUUCUGCAAGACGCUAAAGGCCCCUCUUCGCGCUCUCCUGUGUCCAGGAACACCUCCAUGCCCCGUUUGGUUAGAAGCUGGUUUUGCUCCCAAAUUGUUUUAAUGUUUGGAAUUCAGGAAAAUAUACCACGAGGUGGGACGACCAUGAAAGAAGAACCGCUGGGCAGUGGAAUGAACCCAGUCCGAUCAUGGAUGCAUACUGCUGGGGUAGUGGAUGCUAACACAGCCGCGCAAAGCGGUGUGGGGUUGGCUCGGGCACAUUUCGAGAAACAGCCGCCUUCCAAUCUCAGAAAAUCCAAUUUUUUCCACUUCGUCUUAGCUCUGUACGACAGGCAGGGACAGCCAGUGGAGAUUGAAAGGACAGCUUUUGUGGACUUUGUGGAAAAAGAGAAAGAGCCAAACAAUGAAAAAACUAACAAUGGAAUUCACUAUAAACUCCAGUUAUUGUAUAGUAAUGGCGUUAGAACGGAACAGGAUUUGUACGUUCGGCUAAUAGAUUCUAUGACAAAACAGGCGAUUGUCUAUGAAGGACAAGACAAAAAUCCUGAAAUGUGUCGAGUGCUUCUGACCCACGAAAUCAUGUGCAGUCGGUGCUGUGACAAGAAAAGUUGUGGCAACAGAAAUGAAACACCUUCAGAUCCUGUUAUCAUUGACAGAUUUUUUCUAAAGUUUUUCCUCAAGUGCAAUCAAAACUGUUUGAAGAAUGCAGGCAACCCACGAGAUAUGCGAAGAUUCCAGGUUGUUGUAUCAACAACAGUCAAUGUGGAUGGCCAUGUUCUGGCUGUCUCAGACAACAUGUUUGUACACAACAACUCCAAACAUGGAAGGCGGGCUCGCCGCCUUGACCCCUCAGAAGGUACGGCCCCUUCUUAUCUGGAAAAUGCUACCCCUUGUAUAAAGGCAAUUAGCCCCAGUGAAGGUUGGACAACUGGUGGAGCUACAGUCAUCAUAAUUGGCGACAACUUCUUUGAUGGCUUGCAAGUUGUUUUCGGAACUAUGUUAGUGUGGAGCGAGCUGAUAACACCCCAUGCAAUCAGAGUUCAAACUCCACCACGGCACAUUCCUGGAGUUGUUGAAGUAACCCUCUCCUACAAGUCCAAACAGUUCUGUAAAGGUGCUCCUGGACGGUUUGUCUACACCGCCCUUAAUGAACCAACAAUAGAUUAUGGAUUCCAGAGAUUGCAGAAAGUCAUUCCACGGCAUCCAGGUGAUCCAGAACGGUUACCAAAGGAAGUAUUACUUAAAAGAGCAGCUGACCUUGUUGAAGCUCUGUAUGGUAUGCCCCACAACAAUCAGGAAAUAAUCCUGAAACGAGCAGCCGAUAUUGCAGAAGCAUUAUAUAGUGUGCCACGUAACCACAAUCAGAUUCCUACCCUUGCCAACACUCCAGCUCAUACUGGUAUGAUGGGAGUAAAUUCAUUUAGCAGCCAGCUAGCAGUUAAUGUUUCAGAAACAUCACAGGCUAAUGACCAAGUAGGUUACAGUCGCAACACAAGCAGUGUUUCCCCGCGAGGAUACGUUCCGAGCAGUACUCCUCAACAGUCCAAUUACAACACAGUCAGCAAUAGUAUGAAUGGAUACGGCAAUGCCAGCAUGCCCAACCUUGGUGUACCUGGUUCCCCUGGAUUCCUUAAUGGCUCGACCGCAAAUUCCCCUUACGGAAUAGUGCCGUCAAGCCCUACCAUGGCAGCCUCUUCGGUCACCCUUCCUUCAAACUGUAGCAGUACACACGGCAUUUUCUCAUUCUCACCUGCCAAUGUCAUCUCUGCAGUGAAACAAAAGAGCGCCUUUGCUCCUGUGGUCAGGCCCCAAGCUUCUCCUCCGCCAUCUUGCACCAGCGCAAAUGGAAAUGGGCUUCAAGCUAUGUCUGGGCUUGUAGUUCCGCCAAUGUAA